AUGGUUGUCGAAGCCUAUGUGUUAAAGAAAGAAGGUAAUUUGGCUAUUGAGCCAGAACCUCCAGAUAAGCCAGUUUUGGCUAAAGGAAACGCCAACAUGCAGCGUUUGGACUGCAUUUAUGACGAUGAACCUUUAGGGGAUUUGGUCGAACUAAAACUGCCAAUAAAAACUGGAAGAAAGCCAGUAAGGCAGACGCCUAGACGUUUUGCAACAGUGAUCAUGGCAAAGAUAAAAGCUGAGGUAGAAAGGCUCCUUAAAAGCAAGUUUAUACAAACUGCAAGAAGAUUUAUAUCAAAUUUAAGUGGCAAGACUAAAGCAUUUUCACCACUCCUUCGACUGAAGAAUGAGGACUUUAAGUGGCAAGAAGAGCACCAAGAGGCUUUCGACAAAAUUAAAGAAUAUUUGAUUAAGCCUUCAGUACUGGCCCCUCCUGUUAGGAAUAGGCCAAUGAGGUUGUAUAUUACAGCUUCAGAAUCGACUAUAGGAAUGUUACCAGUAGAGAUUCAGGUUCAGGCAGUCAGAACCCAAAGGCAAUAUGAAAUACCUUCUGAAGAUUAUUGGAGCAUGAUGGUAGACGAACUGGUCGAUUUAGAUGAGGAGAUAAUGUUAGCCUUGGAUUCACUACAAAGGCAGAAAGAAAAAGUCGCCAGAGCCUACAAUAAGAAGGUGAAAGGCAAAAUGUUCGCUGUCGUCGGUUUAGUUUGGAGAGUGAUCUUGCCUAUGGAUAGAAAUGGUAGAGUUUUGGGUAAAUGGUCUCCAAAUUGGGAAGGACCGUUUAAGGUUUUGCAGGUUGGAGAAAACUAUGUUUGA